GUGGCAGAGCGGAGCUGAGCUGACGCUGCCAUGGCGGGCAGACAGAGGGCGCUGCAGCGCAGCACCGCCUCCCUCCGUCCCUCCGACAUGGCGGCCGUGCCCCGCCACCGCCGCUUCCUGGGCGGCUUCAUCUGCGGGGCUGCAGCGGGCGCCGCUGCUUCGUGCUGGGCAGCGUGGCGGCUCCUGCGGAGCCAGAGUCAAGCGGAGCCGAGCUCCGAGCGAGCCCUGCCCGAGGAACCAGUAGAAGAGUCUCUGCUGGAAAAAUACGGAUUCCCUGAAGCUGGAACAGAGACCAGAUGUUACACAAAUCAUGCGCUGUCCUAUGACCAGGCAAAGCGGGUGCCCAGAUGGGUGAUUGAACAUAUUUCAAAACAGAAGAUGCUGGGCAACGCAGACCGAAGGCACUGUAAAUUCAGACCAGAUCCUAACAUCCCUCUGAUGUUCAGUGCUGUCAAUGAAGACUACCUUGGGAGUGGGUGGUCACGAGGACACAUGGCACCAGCAGGAGAUAACAAAUUUUCAACAAGAGCUAUGGCUGAAACGUUUUAUCUCUCUAACAUUGUGCCUCAGAACUAUGAAAAUAAUGCUGGAUUUUGGAACAGAAUGGAAAUGUAUUGUCGGGAAUUGACGGAGAGAUUUGAGGAUGUUUGGGUGGUUUCUGGACCUCUGACCUUGCCUCAAACAAAUGACGAUGGAAAGAAGAGUGUUACAUACCAGGUAAUUGGAAAGGAUGAUGUGGCAGUGCCAUCCCACCUCUACAAGGUGAUCCUUGCCCGGCGGACCCGAACGUCCACUGAGCCUUUGGUACUGGGGGCUUUUGUGGUGCCAAAUGAUCCCAUAGGCUUCAGUCACCAGCUGACUGAAUUCCAAGUCAAUAUUGAAGAUCUGGAAAAAAUGUCAGGUUUGGUUUUCUUCCCCCAAGUGGACAAAACCAAAGAUGUUAAAGAUAUCUGUGAGGUGGACACCUGUAAACUGAUGGGGUUCAAGGAGUUUACAUUGUACAUCGUUACCCGAAAAGUGCAGAGUGCCCGGACGUUGCACCGGUUGGAAAAAGCCAUGUCAGAGUUAAAGGAGGCAGGAAUUGAGCCUGAUGAGUAUCUUCUCAAGCUUCACAAGAAGAAGGAGGAAGAAUUACAGCAGGAAAAACAAAUAGAACAAAUAGCAGCUAGAGAGGGGAAGGCUGGCUGAGUACUUGGUUAGGAAAAUGCUUUUUUUUUUUUUUUGUACUUGGAGGGGGGAGCCAAGGCAAACAGAAAAGCAGUGUCUUUAUAAAUUAUCCUUUUCUGAAUUAGGAAAACAAUAAAGAAACAUUUGGCUGUUGUUGGAUUUGGAA